AAAAAAAAAGAAAAAAAGAAGGCAAGAGAGAGAAAGAGAGAGAGAGAGAGAGAGAGGAAACAAAAAACUUCGCCCCAAAACGAAGAUAUAGAAUUCAAAGCCGAGAAAGAUUACAAAACCCAGCUAUUAUCAUUCACAUCACAUCAUAGAUACAUCCAUAGUCGUGUAUCUGCGAGCACCGAUACGUUUCGGAUUCGAUUUCGAUUUCGAUUUCAGUUCUGGCGAUUCAUGGAGCUGCAAAACACAGUGAAAGAAGCCCUAAACGCGCUGUACCACCACCCCGACGAUGCCGUUCGCAUGCAAGCCGAUCGGUGGCUUCAGGAGUUCCAGCGAACUCUCGAUGCCUGGCAGGUCUCUGAUAAUUUGCUCCAUGAUGCUAGUAGCAAUCAAGAAACAUUAAUCUUUUGUUCCCAAACCCUCAGAAGCAAGGUACAACGAGAUUUUGAAGAGUUGCCUUCGGAAGCAUUUCGCCCAUUACGCGAUUCUUUAACUAGCUUAUUAAAAACAUUUCACAAAGGCCCUCCAAAAGUUAGAACCCAGAUUAGUCUUGCCGUUGCUGCAUUGGCUGUUCACGUUCCAGCUCACGAUUGGGGUGAUGGUGGCAUUGUAAAUUGGCUUAGAGAUGAGUUGAAUUCUCAUCUUGAAUGCAUAGCAAGUUUUCUUGAACUUCUAAGAGUCCUGCCUGAGGAGGCAUUCAACUACAAGAUAGCAGCUCGUCCUGAUAGACGGCGCCAAUUUGAGAAGGAACUUGCCUCUGCAAUGGAAGUUGCUCUUAGUAUCUUGACUGCCUGUUUGAAUAUUAAUGAACUUAAGGAGCAGGUUCUUGAGGCAUUUGCUUCUUGGCUUCGUCUUAGGCAUAGGAUCGCUGCUUCUACGCUUGCUUCUCAUCCAUUGGUGCUAACAGCUCUUUCUAGCUUGAAUUCUGAUAUCCUUUCAGAGGCAUCUGUGAAUGUAAUUUCUGAAUUAAUACAUUAUACCGCAGCAAGAAACUCUGGUGGUUUUUCUGAGCAGAUGUUGCUAAUUCAAGUAAUUGUUCCUCAAGUUAUGAACCUAAAGGAACAGCUUCGAGAUUCUUCAAAGGAUGAGGAAGAUGUGAAGGCCAUUGCUCGUUUAUUUGCUGACAUGGGUGAUUCAUAUCUUGAGUUGAUUGCAAAUGGUUCAGAUGAGUCAAUGUUGAUAGUGCAUGCUUUGUUGGAAGUUGCUUCACACCCUGAAUAUGAUAUUGCUUCAAUGACAUUUAAUUUCUGGCACAAUCUUCAGAUUUAUUUAAUUGAAAGGGAUGCCUAUGUAUCAUUUGGUAAUGAAGCAUCAAUAGAAGCAGAGAGAAAUCGGAGACUGUUGGUUUUUCGUUCAUCAUAUGAAUCACUUGUUUCCUUGGUGAGCUUCAGAGUUCAAUAUCCCCAGGGUUAUGCUGAUCUUUCGAAAGAGGACAUUAAGGAAUUCAAACAAACUAGAUAUGAUGUUGCCGAUGUCUUAAUUGACGCAGCAUUGGUUUUAGGAGGUGAAGCAACACUGAAGAUUCUAUACAUGAAGCUUGUUCAGGCUGCAGGUAGAAAUGAUGAGCUUAGCCAUUGGCAUCCUGUGGAGGCUGCUUUAUAUUGUAUCCAGGCUAUAUCAGAUUAUGUUUCUCGCACGGAAGCAGAAGUAAUGCCCCAGGUUAUGUCUUUGCUUCCAGAACUCCCUCGUCAACCCCAACUCUUAACCACUGUGUGCUUAACAAUUGGAGCUUAUUCAAAAUGGCUUGAUGCUGUUCCUAGCGGACUCUCAUUCUUGCCUCCACUCAUUGAUAUUCUUGUGAAUGGCAUGAGUAUGUCUGAAGAUUCUGCUGCCGCUGCUGCUUUGGCUUUUAGACACAUCUGUAAUGACUGUGGGAAAAGGCUUUGUGGUUCUUUAGAUGGCCUUUUCCAUAUAUACCAAACGGCUGUGAUUGGGGAAGGUACCUUUAAGGUCUCUGCAGAAGACUCAUUGCAUCUUGUCGAAGCUUUAAGUGUGGUCAUCACUGAACUUCCUUCAGACCAUGCUAAGAAAGCCCUCGAGGUGUUGUGCUUGCCUGCAGUUUCUCCUUUACAGGAAAUUAUUAAUCAAGGUCCUUUGGUGUUGGGACAAACAACAGCCCGAGAGCUAACAGUUCAUAUUGAUCGACUUGCAAAUAUCUUCAGAUUUGUAAACCAUCCAGAGGCUGUUGCUGAUGCAAUUGAAAGGCUUUGGCCAAUAUUCAAAGCCAUCUUUGAUCUUCGUGCUUGGGAUAUGCGAACAAUGGAGUCUCUUUGUCGGGCUUGCAAAAAUGCUGUGAGAACUUCUAAAAGGUUCAUGGGAGUUACAAUUGGAGCAAUGCUAGAGGAGAUACAAGGCCUAUAUAGGCAACACCACCAGCCUUGUUUCCUUUACCUCUCUAGUGAAGUUAUAAAGAUAUUUGGGUCUGAUCCAUCUUGCGCUGACUACUUAAAAAUUUUGAUUGAAUCACUCUUCAGUCACACAAUAUGUCUGCUUACAAAAAUUCAGGAUUUCACUUCCAGACCUGACAUAGCAGAUGAUUGCUUUCUGUUGGCGUCAAGGUGUAUUCGUUAUUGUCCACAAUUAUUUUUCCCUUCAGCCGUAUUUCCUGCAUUAGUAGAAUGUUCUAUGAUUGGCAUCACAGUGCAGCACAGGGAGGCCUCCAACUCCAUAUUGACUUUCUUAUCUGAUAUGUUUGAUCUCACAAACACUAGUCAGGGAGAUAAAUAUCUACCAAUCAGGGACAGUGUAAUUAUUCCUCGAGGUGCCACCAUUGCCAGAAUUUUGGUUGCUUCUUUAACUGGAGCACUACCAAGUUCUCGACUAGAAACGGUAAUCUAUGCAUUACUAUCACUAACCCGAGCAUAUGGGUCGAGAGCUGUGGAUUGGGCCAAGGAUAGCAUUUCACUAAUUCCAUCAACUGCAGCAACAGAGGUGGAGAAGUCGAGAUUUUUGCAAGCAUUAUCAGAUGUGGCAUCCGGAGGCGAUAUUAAUCCCCUCACGGUUCCCAUUGAAGAGAUGUCGGAGGUCUGCCGCCGUAACAGAACAGUUCAGGAGAUAGUUCAAGGAGCCUUGAGGCCACUUGAGUUAAAUUUGGUAACUGUAUCUUAGACGGACAGUAAAUGAAAGCGGAGAUUUUGCUUCACCCGUGUCUGUCUGUCAUAGUUUAUUGGCUGUGUAUUUACCAUUUUAGCUGUUUAUUUCCAUUGAUUUGUCCGUGGGUCAUCAUUCGCCAAUUUUUCCAAGGGUGCGUAUGAUUGGGAGGUAUAGAAAUGUUGUAUCUUUGUGAAGAGAUGUAAGAUGGUUGAGCGGUUUUUUAAGUUAUCUUUUGGCAGAGAGAUGCGAGUCUGAGCGGUUUUUUAUUACUCUUAACCAAGAGAUUUGGGAUGUUAGUAUUCAGUCUUUUUGGGUUUUCUUUUCUGGGGAAGAAUGGCUUGGUAUAGAGUUGUAAAUUUGAUAUUUGAUGGUUUAAUUUAAGAACUCAGAAGCGUUUGUUUU